CACCCCCUCCCAUCCCCGUCUCCAUGUUCUUCCCUUCACUACUAAGAGGCCGCGCCGGGUCACAGGACUCCGCAGUCCUUACCCGUCGCCUGGACAGUGAACAGCCUCCAUCUCCACCAUGAAGACUCUACUGCUGCUCGCCGCCCACCUCGCCCUCGUUCUGGGUCAGUCCUGCCCUCCAGAAGGUGUGCAGUACUUUCCUGACAACGAACAGUGUGACAAGUACUACGAAUGCAGAAAUGGUGUAGGAUCUGAACAGCUUUGUCCUGAUGGCCUCCUUUUCAACGACAAAAUCACUGACGCCCGCUACCCGUGUUUCUAUCCCCCUGAGGUGGACUGUGGCUCCAGAUCCCGCACACAACAACCACAGCCAACAGAGAACUGCCUUCACCAAUGGGGCUAUUUUGGCUCCGGGGAUAGCUCACAGUGCGGCUUCUUCUAUAACUGCGUCAAUGGCGUCGCACACCAACAGAACUGUCCCAAUGGCCUUGCCUUCUCGUCAGCCACCUACCGCUGCGAAUGGCCCGAAGAGUCUCCGGACUGUGACGCCGCUGCUUUCCUUGGUUUCUCAUGCCCUGCUUCAACUGGUAAUGUGCUGCUCAGUGGCUACACACAAUAUAGGUCACAAAGGGACUGCCGCGAGUACUUCAUCUGUGUAAACGGAAAUCCUAGAGUGCACUACUGCCAACUGGGUCUCGUGUAUGAAGAGGAGACCCGACAGUGUGUGGAUCCCGAACUUGUACAGGGAUGCCAAGGGUACUACUCACCCGAAGAGCUGGCUUUGUACCGCGAGCAGCGGGAGAGGGCCCGCAUCGCCGCUGAGAGGAGACAGGAAGAGCUCCAGGCCCUGAGGGAAAAGCUGGCAGAGCGAAGAAGGCAACCACAGAACUAAAUCUGCAUUAGUAGGGAGCCUCUACAUGGCGACACACAUACAAACACACAUGCCCUAACACCACAUACAUAAUUAUGGUUGGAAACCUUACUUCCACUCAAACUCCUCCCAAGAAACUGCGUCACACUCAAGCUAAAACUAUUGUGUAAUGAUUGACGCUCCUGAGCUCUUUCCUAGACAUUACAAACAGAUGUGUGAUCCCUUAAAAUCCUUGCCUGGAGGUGAAUCUUUUCCUAUACAGUACUGGUCUCUGAGCCAAUAGUGACUAAUGAAAACCGCUUGGCAAAAUCUAAAGGGACUCUUCCAAAAUAUGCAGAGCAAACGAAAGGGUCCUUAUCAUCAGUAUAUCACCACGGUUUUGGUGAGCAAGUGUCUUUACAGUUAGCCAUAAAAUCUUUAAACCUUCAUCUCUCUCUCUCUCUCUCUCUCUCUCUCUCUCUCUCUCUCUCUCUACAUGCUUUGAA